AUGGGUGCUCUAUCACUAAUGACUAUCUUGUCUGUCAUAAUUGGUCGGAUAUUUCAUUCUGUGCCUGCUCAGUUUCAGACAACUUUGCCGAUCGGAGAAUAUUUAGCUGUUACCCUUUUGAUGUUUUUUGGUCUUAAAUCGAUUAAAGAUGCGUGGGACCUGCCGUCUACUGCAGCUAAAGCUGGAGAGCUCGAAAACAAGGAGUCUGACGAAUUCACUGAAGCUGAAGAGCUCGUAAAGGAAAAGGAGUGUUGGUGGAUAAUGCGUGAUAAUUUUGGGGUAAAUGAAAAACUGUCACCGUUGAUUGAGGUUCAUCGUUUCGAAAAGGCUUUCCAAUCCCCUGGAGCCAUUGUGGGCCAUCUGCUGGCAACAUCCAUUGCCAUACUCGGUGGAGCAUUUCUCGCCAAAUACAUUCCGAAAAACUGGUUGGGUACAUUGGUGGGGUUCUAUUUUUAG